AUGCUGCUCUCUGCUAGAAGAAGGCUGCUCACAGCUCUGCUGCAGGCUCGGCGCUGGCCCUUUCAACCCUCCAGAGACAUGAGACUGGUGCAGUUCCAGGCCCCCCACCUGACCGGACCUCACCUGGGCCUGGAGUCAGGGAAUGGCGGAGGGGUCAUCAACCUCAAUGCCUUUGACCCCACACUGCCCAAGACCAUGGUAGAGUUCCUGGAGCAGGGAGAGUCCACUCUCUCAGUGGCGAGAAGAGCCCUGGCUGCCCAACUGCCAGUCUUACCACGGUCAGAGGUGACCUUCUUGGCUCCAGUCACACGGCCAGACAAGGUGGUGUGUGUGGGCAUGAAUUACGCGGACCACUGCAAGGAACAGAACGUGCCUGUGCCCAAGGAGCCCAUCAUCUUCAGCAAGUUUGGCAGCUCCAUCGUGGGGCCCUACGAUGAGGUCAUCCUCCCUCCUAAGAGCCAGGAGGUGGACUGGGAAGUGGAGCUGGCCGUGGUCAUUGGGAAGAAAGACAAGCACAUCAAGGCCACAGAUGCCAUGGCUUAUGUGGCUGGCUUCACUGUGGCACAUGACGUAAGUGCUCGUGAUUGGCAAAUGAAACGCAAUGGAAGGCAGUGGCUGCUGGGAAAAACCUUUGACACUUUCUGCCCCCUGGGUCCUGCUUUGGUGACCAAGGACAGUAUAGCAGAUCCACACAACUUAAAGAUCUGCUGCCGGGUGAAUGGGGAGGUGGUCCAGAGCAGCAACACCAAUCAGAUGGUGUUUAAGACAGAAGAGCUGAUAGCCUGGGUCUCCCAGUUCGUCACCCUUUACCCCGGGGACAUCAUCUUGACGGGUACCCCCCCAGGUGUUGGUGUAUUCAGGAAACCUCCUGUCUUUCUCAAGAAGGGCGAUGAAGUCCAGUGUGAGAUUGAAGAAUUGGGUGUCCUUAUCAACAAGGUGGUGUGA